AUGUCCAAGAACGAACCCAAGUUCAAAUCCGAGAUUCAGCGGAUGAUGUAUAUCGCCGGGGAAACCCAGGACCCCUCGGUCGAGACGAUCGCUGUAGUUGAAGAAAUCAUUCGAGACCAAGUCUUCUUAAUGCUCACCACUGCAAACGAACUUGCAUCCAGCCGCGGCGCGCGCUUCAUCUCCAAUGCAGACCUAUUCUUCCAGAUCCGACAUGACCAAGUGAGACUGGGACGACUCAUGAACCUUCUCCGAUGGAACAGGCUCCGCCUCAAGAGCAAAGCGGAAAGUGACAAGGGAGAUGCGGAACUCGGAGCAGUCCAAGAUCUGGCUGAGGUUCUCGAAGUCCCUGUCCAAAAAGAUAAAAAGAUCCAAAAGCGUCCAAAACUGACGCUGCCGUGGGAUGUCGAAUCCUACUUUUCCGUGCAGCUGCCUGAAGUUGAAGAGACAGAGGGUCUACAUCCUGAAUCUAACCAGGCGACUGUCGAAAGGCUCCGUCGCGCAGACCGGAUAACAAGAAGGAUGACUGCAAAGGAGUAUAAGACAUGGGCCGAGUCCCGCCGCCGGGCAUCCUUCAGCUAUCGCAAGAAACAGAAAUUCCGCGAAUGGUCUGGCCUAGGCGUCAUAGCCGAAACCGAGCCCAAGCACGACUGUCUGGACAUCCUCAGCUUCCUGGUAUGUGACAUGGUACAGAGGUUGACCGAGAUGGCCCUAGCCAUUCAGGAGAAUGAGCUGCAGCGGAAGGAUGGAGGAUCCAAGUCGUCGGUGAACAAAGUCCGCGAGGGGCUUUUUACGACAGAUGAUACUGAGAGAGAAGCUGUUGGUGUUGAACACGUGAGACAGGCUUUCCAGGUCACGCAGUUGAAGGCCCAGAAGAAGCGGCCAAGGCUGCACGGGGGCCCGGAGAAGAGUGGGCUCCAAUUGAUCUAG